GAACCACCAGCCACUAAUUCCGCAAACUCAAAAUGGAGGUGGUCUACAAGGAUUUGCUCUCCAGAAUCAACAUCCAAACAGUCGUCGCUGGAUUUACAACUUUACUGAUUCUUGUCUACUUUACAAAAGACCUACGCCGCAAUCUGCCUCCCGGACCAUGGGGCCUACCCGUGGUUGGAAUUCUGCCUUUCGUUGGAAACCAACCACAAAAAUUAUUUAUGAAGCUUGCUGAAAAGUACGGUUCUGUAUUUUCGGCGUACCUUGGAACAAAACUUGUAGUGUUUGUCAACGAUUACAAAUCGAUGAAGCAAAUGUUUGCAAAAUCGGGAGACACGUUCAAUGAUCGUCCAAAACUUAUAGUCAAUGAUCAAAUAAGUCAUGGCAAAGGUAUUGCAUCUGGAUACCUGCAUCUCAACCUAAAGGAAAAAAGAAGAUUUAGUAUGAAAAUGCUUCGUAACUUCGGAAUGGGAAAAUCCAGUUUUGAAAGUACCAUUGUUAACGAAAUAGACUAUAUGAAGGCUAGGCUAAUGCAGGUUGCAGACACGAAAGUGAGAUAUGAUCCGAAGCAUAUCAUUGAAAAUGCCAUUUCAAACGUUACGUGCGGAAUUGUAUUUGGGAAAAGAUAUGAGUAUGACGAUCCUCAAUUUAAAAGAUUUCUGAGCAUACUCUAUGCCAAUCUGGAAAUUGUAUCACAGUCUGGCGCUCUGAACUUCAUACCAUUUAUGAGAUUCAUUCCUGGAAGUGGUUGGAACAAGGUUUUCAGAAAUGUUGAAAUGUUCGUAAACGAAUUCAUUAAUUUUGAAUUGAAAGAACAUGCAAGAACCAUUCAGAUCAACAAGCCACGUGAUUUUAUCGAUGAGUUUCUGAAAGCUAGAUCGGAGCUUGAAAGUAGUGGGGAAAAUGUUGACGCCUUUGAUGACGAGUCAGCAAUACAGAUCGUUACAGAACUUUUCGUCGCUGGUACAGAAACGACUGCAACAACAUUAAAAUGGGCAUUGCUGUACUUAGCAAUUAACCCAGAAAUCCAGGCCAAGGUACACCAAGAAUUGGAUUCAGUAACUGGCAGGAGACAGCUUCCAACUUUGAAAGACCAACCGAAGCUUGUGUACUGUGAGGCUGUAAUGAUGGAAGUCACACGAAUCCGACCUGCAGUUCCACUAGGAGUGGCACAUUGUACAGUGAAUGACACGAUGUAUAAGGAGCACUUCAUACCAAAAAGUACUACUGUGAUUCCAAACAUUUGGGCAGUGAUGCAUGAUGAAAUAACCUGGCCAAAACCAGAAGAAUUUAGACCGGAAAGAUUCAUUGAUGGCAAUGGUAAACUGAUCAAAUACGAAGAAUUGAUUCCGUUUUCGGUCGGCCGUCGUUCUUGUGUAGGGGAGCAACUAGCCCGAAUGGAACUGUAUCUGUUUUUUACGCAUCUUCUGCAUCAUUUUCAAUUUACAUUGCCUACAGACAAAUCCAAGCCAUCCACUUAUCCACACGUUGGAGCAACGUUGACUCCGAGUCAAUACGACCUGAUAAUCACAAAGAGAACCUGCUAAUCACUUAUUGACACAAUCACUGUUAUACUAAUAUAGGCCCACACUAGACAGUAGGUUAUUUGAUCUGUAAACAAGGUACCGAUGAAAGUCCUUGUUGUACAUGAAUAAAGUUAAAAAAUUACGAAUCAUGGAGCUCAAAAUAUGCCAAACACUAAUCUCUUUGGAAGAGCAUAAAAUAAAUGAUGUACAGAGAAAUCCUAAACACUCAAUGGUGAUUUAAACUUUGGCUAUGUUCAUACACGGCAGCUAACGGUAGCAGGAUCCAGAUUACAAAAAUACUCGC